GGCUCACACCAGUCAGUCUCACUCACAAAAAAUAAAAAGAAGAAAAAUGGUCUGAGAAAAGAGAGGAUUUUUCCAAGAAAAGGAAGGAUGACCAUUCCAAGGCUAAAAAAGUGAAUUUGAUCUCAUAGUGGAGAAAUUUCUGCUGACUAUUCCAUCUUCUUCAUUUGGAAUAGUACCUCAAGAAAAUAAAUUUAAUGUAAUGUUAAUGUGUAAGUUUACGUUUCAAUUACUUCAUUCUUCACUUCACACAUUUUGUUCCUCCCAAAUUUCAUGGGGUGCGUUUUUUUGUAGGGUGUAAAAGUCUCUUUCUUUUACUCUAUCGCUCUAUAUAUUCAUCUAUUACCCCCGUUUUUUCCAUGAAAUUUUUGAUUGAAAGAUUGUAUAUUUGAGCCAAAGUUGCAAUUUUUUUUGUGGGUGCUGAAGGAUGGAGUUCUCCAGGUAAAUCCAGUUUUCAAUUGGCUUUUUUCUUUCUUCGUUUGUUUUGGAUUUGAUUGAUUGAUUCUUGGAAAAACCCUCCUUGAAAUGUUACUAUACAUAGUUAAUUAGUGCCUAAUCUAUUCCUAUUGAUGCAAAAAUUGGCCAAAUUGGGAAAAACCCGUUUCAUUCUUAGGUUAGAGCAAUUUUUUUAUAUGCUCUUUGAGUGAAGGAAAGGGAAAUUUAUUGAUGGGUAAUCGAUUUAUGUGCCUUUUUAGUUAAGAAAAGGGGAAUUCUGGAUGGGCAUUUUAUUGAGAUAGUGGGGCUGAGAUGUUCCUCUGCUUAUUUGUUGGUUGAUAAAGUUUUGGUCAUUGGUGGAGUUUUGGGUACUAGUGGUAGACUGAAUUAAAGAAUUCAGGUGAUAGCUAGAAAAUCCGAGUUUUCGGUGUUGGCUCAUUAGCAAACUGUUAUGUCAACUGAAGCUUGUGGUUCUAGCUUGCUAGUGGAUUUGCCAGAUGAUAUUCUUGCUAUCAUCGGAAAGUCUCUUUCAUCACGGGACAUUUGCAAUCUUGGCCUGUGUUGUAGGAGUCUUAAUUCGCUUGCUGCCUCAGAUAAGAUUUGGCUUACUCAAUGUGAGAUGGUAGAGGUGGUUUCUCCCAAAGAACUUGUUGAGUGGCGAAAGGCAGUUUUAUCAUAUAAGGCCCUUUGUAGGUUUCUUAUCAACGUGAAGCCAUUGUUCGGAAUUUGGGUUCACCAGAACCCAGAGCUUGGCAAUGUUGUUUAUGUCAUGCCUGGUUUUGUUUCAGUGGUUGGUUGCCGAAUUAUUCCUCAAGAGGUAGGUCCUUUAGGUAUAGAGGAUGGUCCUAUUCUUUGGGCACCUGUGUUUGAGGUGAUUGGUGAUGAUAAUGGGGUAAGCAUGUUUAUAUUACAUGGAAGAGAUAAGGAUCAUGAUUAUAUCUACCCUGGUUCAGUCAAGUCAAUUGAUAAGACUUGUAAUGUGUUGCUGCUUGAAGUUGAGCCUAUAAAAGGGAGAAAGAGAAGCAACUUGUUGCAUAGUAAAAGCUUUGAGCACCAUUCAGACGAGGAAGUGGGUAGGAAGGUCUAUAUACCAGACAGUCGGAUUUCAAAAUCACAUAGGUUUGCUGAACCAAGUGUGCAAACAGUGCCUUUCAGCAAGCUGUCAUUUGGAGAUCGGAGAAAAUUACUUGACAUUGUUACUAGCCAAGUACGCAUGCAAGUUCCCGAUUCAGUUUCCGCGCCUCUGUUUCCUUGUUUGAGGAGUGCUGAAGAUAAUUUUCAGAAAGAUGUCGUGCACUUAACUGAACGUCAAGCUAUGCUAACCAAAAUGCAUAGGCUUGGCAGGGAGUACAUUGAUUGGACAGCUAGUCAUGAACUACCUUGUCUCCCAAACCAGAUAGAUCUGAGUGAGAUAAAGAAGAUGCUAGAUCGUUCAAGCGGCUUUCGUAAUUCUCUUAGUGGAGAUGAAACUCGCACACAGUGUGCAAGGAAGAAAACACUUGGUGACUAUGUCAGAGAUUAUACUCGCCAGAUGCUUAGGAGAUCUAGCUUAACAAACAGUGGCCAUGGAGUUAGGAAGAAUAGUUCCACUAGCAGCGAGAAUAAGCAUGCUCAACUUCACGAUUUCCUGAGUUCGGGAGAUACCAUAGGAUUGACAUUACAUGCGUCAACCAUGAAGUUGUCGUCAUAUCGAGCAUGGCCAAAUAUGCAUGAUAGUCGAUUUGCUUUGUACAAGUUGCCUGUUCAAGUAGCCUCAGGUGAUCAAGACUAUGCUGGUGUGUGGGGAGGAACUUUUGACUGGCCCCCAGGAAAGCCUACUGAAGACAAGCCAGGAAAGGCAUUAUUUUUUCUUGUUCUCUCCUAUUACGAGGAGUCACCAGGGCAAAAGUUACUCAUUGGCACCAAGAUUUUGGAAGGCACCCAUUAUGUUUUGCAUCCAAAUGGUUCAGCUAUGUUCAUUGUAAAUAUUAACGAGUCUUCAAAUGAGCCAUUCCCUUGGGAAUCUGGUGCAGAUCCACUCCCUCUUACUGUCAAGCAAUCUUUUCCUGGUGAAGGUAUUGCUAAUGGUUAUGGUUUUAGAUAUCCUGGCUCAAAGCCUGGUUCACUUUUUGUUCUCCAAGAUGGAAUGCUUGCUUUUCUGUGGAAAGAAACCAGGGCUGUUCUGACCUUGCAAAGGCUUGAUUUGGGAGACCUUCUGAAGAAAGGUGAAAGGGUACCCGCUCUUCCGCCAAUCACUAACUUUUCAUAUCUAACGAAGUCCUAUUCAAAUGUGUUUGCGGGAUUUGCCAACACGACAACUUCUUUAACUUCACCAAGGAAAAACCAUAUAUAGGAUGUGUUGAAGUCUAUGUACAGAAAAAUCAGUUCUACGGCUAUUGGUUUGGUUCAAACGGAUCGAUAAGGUUGCAUUUGGAAGCAUUGAAGCCUUGGCAACCAUCGACUCAUCGAUGCUUCUUCUCGUAAUUGUCACAAAUCCUUCAAAAAUAAUAUGAUUUUUAUACAGAAAUGAAGUGUAUACAUAAGUAUAAUCAAUAAUGCUUAGGUACUUAUAGUUAUGUAUGAUGAAAUCAAAUAUUUUAGCAUAGAGUAGUACAUAAUGGAGUUGAGGUAAAUUUUCACUUCCGUACUUCUCCUGCUCUUAUAAAGGACUGUAAUUCUGGUACUUGAGUUGAGGACAAGUUAUAUUUUGUUCUAGUCAGAAAGAAAGAGACAAUACUUCAUGUUUUUGUCCA